AUGGCUUCGCAACAAUUUUCUGUCGUGCUUUGCCAUGGCUCUUACCAUACGCCAGCCCCAUACCAGCCACUGAUUGAUGCACUGACGGCGCGGGGGAUCGACGCCUACUGCCCCCAGCGCCCCUCGUGCGACCUCUCCAGGCUCAAUGUCGGCGACGUUCACAACCCCGACUUUGACCGUGAGCCUCCUCCCGGAGGUUAUCCUACCGCAGAGGAAGAUGCCACUGAAGUUGGCAAGCUGGUGGAUCAAUUGAUCGCAGAGGGCAAAUCAGUGCUGCUGGCAGGACAUUCCUCGGGCGGCUGGGUGGCCGCAGAGGCGGCUCAACCUGCGCGACAAGCCCAUGUCCGCGCGCAAGCCGGCCAUUCCGGCGGCAUCAUUGGUAUCUUUUUUAUUGGGGCCUUCAUUAUCCCCAAGGGAGAGUCGGUUGACAGUUUCUUCCAACCGGCGGACGGCGAGCCUGUUGCGCCUCCUUUUGUGCGCUUCCACAAAUUUGGCAUGGACGGAUUAGGCAUUGUGGUGGAUGCACCUCGGUUUUUCUUCAAUGGCGUAGAUGAUGCUGCUGCGCAGAAGUGGGCGGCCACGUUGACGGCAGCUCCGAUCAUGACGAGUCCUCUCACCCAUGAUCCCUAUUCAACUCUGCCUUGUGCGUAUCUGGUGUUGGAGCAGGACUGUGCAUUGCCAAAGGGGUAUCAAGAGGGGAUGGUGGCGAUGCAGAGCUCGAAGAGUAAGCCUUUUACUAUCUACCGGGGCCCAUGUGGCCACUCGCCGCACCUGAGCUGGACGAGUGGACUGGUGGAGACGAUCGAGGAGUUUCGCAAUGGAAUAGCAUAG